GCCGCUGGCCCAUGCUGCUGCCGCCACUGCUGCGACUGCGACGCUGCGCACCAGUGCUGUGCUGCAUCUGCAUGCCCGUCCGCCGUGCCGUGCCAUCCGAAAAAGAGAGCAGCACCAGCACGGCCACGGCCCACGGAGCGCAGCGCUCCUCCCAUGCGGCCAUGCCAUCGGCCAUCGCCAUGCGGUUUUUUUAAUCCUGCCCUCAUGAUUCGAUGCUCCCCUGCCUGCUCCCUUUUGCCGGGCCACUCACGUGCGCUCGUCAAACCGCCGUCCCCAAGGGUCAAAACCAAGCCCGGGUCCUCGCAGCUUGCUCCGUCACUCGCCUGGCUGAGCUCUCCCACUCCCACGCCGUUGCCACGCUCUCUCCUCAGCUCCUGCUCCACAACGCACGCAGCUCGAUCUGCCGGCGCUAUAAACCUUCGCUCCCUUCGCUGUACUACGGCCGGCUGCUGCUACUGCUGCUUGUCGGGGUUGAGUUGUUUCUUGGUGCUGGGAUGGAGCUGGGGCUGAGCCUGGGCGACGCGGCAGUGCCGGACGCCGGCAGGGCGGCUCCGGAGCUGGGCCUGGGGCUUGGGGUCGGGAUUGGAUCCAACGCCGCCGGAACCGGCAGGGGAAGCAAGGCGGCGGGGACGACGGGAACUACUGGGUGGUGGGCGGCGCCGGCCACACCGGAGUCGGCAGUGCGGCUCAGCCUCGUGUCCAGCCUCGGCCUUCAGUGGCCACCUCCGGACGGCGGCAUCUGUCAUGUAGGGCGCGACGAGGCGCCGGCGCGCGGCUUCGACGUGAACCGGGCGCCGUCGGUGGCGGGGAGCGCCCUGGCGCUGGAGGAUGACGAGGAGGAGCCGGGCGCCGCGGCACUGUCGUCGUCGCCCAACGACAGCGCGGGCUCCUUCCCGCUGGACCUGGGAGGCCCACGCGCCCACGCCGAGGGCGCCGCGGCGCGGGCCGGCGGCGAGCGGUCCUCGUCUCGCGCCAGCGAUGAGGACGAGGGCGCGUCCGCGCGCAAGAAGCUGCGCCUCUCCAAGGAGCAGUCUGCGUUCCUGGAGGAGAGCUUCAAGGAGCACAGCACCCUCAACCCUAAGCAGAAGGCGGCGCUGGCGAAGCAGCUCAACCUCCGGCCGCGACAGGUAGAAGUCUGGUUCCAGAACCGCCGAGCCAGGACGAAGCUGAAGCAGACGGAGGUGGACUGCGAGUACCUGAAGCGCUGCUGCGAGACGCUGACGGAGGAGAACCGGCGGCUGCACAAGGAGCUCGCGGAGCUGCGCGCGCUCAAGACGGCGCCGCCCUUCUUCAUGCGCCUCCCGGCCACCACCCUCUCCAUGUGCCCCUCCUGCGAGCGCGUCGCCUCCGGCCCCAGCCCUGCCUCCACCUCGGCACCUGCGUCGUCCACGCCGCCUGCCACAGCCGCCACCACCGCCAUCUCGUACGCUGCAGCAGCCGCCGCACCCGUGCGAGCCGACCACCGGCCCUCGUCGUUCGCCGCGCUGUUCGCGGCGACCCGCAGCUUCCCGCUGGCGUCCCAGCCGCGGCCGCCCGCGCCGGCGAGCAACUGCCUGUAGAUACGCGCGCCAUUAUCGGCCCGUGGCCUCUCCCUCCGUCGGUUGGUUUCUCGUAAGAAUUUUUGGGGUUUCCGAGGCCGUGCGUCGCCGUCGCGUCGACGGCUGGGAUGCGAUGCGAGAAGCGGAGGCUGCUAGGACGGCGCUAACCUUGGUUUGCUUUCUGUUUACGUUUUCUAAGAACGCCAUGUGUUCACCUUAAGCACGGAUGGUUAAGGGUUUAAGCUCGUUUAGGAUGGGAGGAAUUAGUUUCGUUUUUCCCCCAGUUUGUUUGGCAGCAGCUCAGAACUAUUUAUGAAGUGCAUUUGCUUCGCAGUUCGUGGUCCGUACGAGGGUGCAGAUUUGCCAAAUUAUGGCGCCGCACGCGUUCCCAGGGACGAAAAUUUUCUCGAGAUUUUACUAGCGUACUGUGCACCGCCGUGUUGUCAGCUGCUUUAUGACUUAUGAGUGCCGUUUGUGUUCUCGUU